AUGUUCUUGAGCUUCAUGGUAGGGGACACAGGGGACAAUUUCACGAGCUAUCUUUACGCAGCACUGCGGGGCCGACGGAUCCUUACCUACAUCGACAAUGUGAGCCUCCGGCGAGGGGAGGCAAUGUCAGAGUCGCUACUUAAGGAGAUUCAAGAAUCGAGGACGACGGUGGUGUUCUUGAAGAACUACACGAAUUCGGAGUGGUGCCUGGACGAAUUGGUGGAGAUUCUCCGGUGCCAGAAGUGGCACAAGCAGGUGGUUUACCCGGUGUUCUUCCGGGUGAAUCUCGACGAUGUUGGGGAGCAGAAGGAGAGAUACACGACAGCCAUGAUGAAGCAUCAGAAGUCAUUGUCAGCGUUGACCAAGCGGCGGCGACAGUGGCAGGCAGGAUUCUUUCUUUACUUCUUCGUCCUUGCGGAGCGCAGAGCAAGGGUUAGGGCGAUGGUUAUUUGA